AUGGACAAGGAAGAGAUGGAAGACCUGAUGGGCGCAUUAUUGGAGCUCAGAGGACAAUACCGCAACCUUGUUUGGUUUGGCGAAGUCAACCGCCGAGGCUUCGUCAAGAUCACCAAGAAGCUCGACAAGAAGAUUGAAGCCUCCCAUUCACAAAAGACAUACCUGGCUGCCAAAGUCGACCCCAAAGCUUUUGCAAACAACCGCAAGACUGAGGCAGACAUGCGUGCCAUCAACGACUGGUUGUCGAGCUUGGGCGAGGUCAAGGUCUUUGAUGAUGCUGCCUCGAUCGCCUCGACUGGCUCGCUACACCGCGUCUCGUCUAAGAAUGCCAUGCGUGUGCCUACAGCUGUUCUGGACAACCUAGAACAAAACAUCCGCCAGGAUGAUCUUGCCAAACUUCAAGAUCUCAUUUCGACAUCACUGAAGGAUCUGUCUCCUUCUGUUAUCCAAAAGCUCAUGCUCAAUCUUCUGCAGCGGGCCAUCUCCGCAAAGUCGUAUGACUGCGUUAAGUACCUGCUAUCACAAAUCUCCUCUUUGACCGAGGAUGACGAUAUGAACAAGCGAAAUGUCGUUCAUCGUAUGGUGAUCGCGACAGGCCGUGCAAGAGCUCUUGAAGAAAACGGACCAGCUGCAGUUCCUAUUGGCGCAGAGAUCAACUCAUUCAUCAACGCAGCAGAGCUUCCAGUUCGUGUUCCUACCUCCUUCAAAGUUCAGGAGAAGGAUGUUGCACAGACACUCGGCCAGGAGGACCCUGCAAUCAAGCUCCUGACCUUCAUUCUUUCCAAUCUUUCUGCUGAGCAGAGAGCAGUGCUGAAGGAGAGAGAUACAUACGGCCGUCUUCCUCUUCACUAUGCUGCUCAAUAUGGUCUAGUAGCUGCCUCUCAAACUAUCAUCAAGUACAUGCAAGCGUGGGGUCAGUUCGAUGUCAGCAAAGGCAUUGACUCUGAUUUUUGGCAGGACGCUGAGGGAUAUGCUCCUCUUCAUCUGAGCGUUAUUGGUGGUCACUACCGAACCACAAAGGCCUUGCUACUAGCUGAGGACUGGCAUGGCGAGGCUGAAGACAGUCAUGCCGCCAGACGCAAUGUUGAGAAGUCGGGCGCUGCAUUGGCUCUGGCAACCAAGAACAAUUUCUAUCUGAUCGUCAAAUUGUUGGUUGAGGCUGGCAUAAACAUCAACUACAAAGACGAGCAGGGUGAAACAGCUUUGCAUGUUGCUGCCCGCUUCGGCUUUGUAGAGUGCACAAAGUCUUUACUCGAGGGAUCUGAAACACAAAAGGUCAAUCUCGAGAUUACUGAGAAGACAUAUGGUUGGACGCCACUUUUCAUAGCCUGUGUCGAUGGCCACCUUCCGAUUGUCGAACUGCUCAUUGAGGCUGGCGCAGAGGUCAACAAGGCUGAUCUGUCUGGUUGGUUGCCUAUUGAGCAUGCUGCGCUGAGAGGUCAUCUUGAUGUUGCGAACAAACUGGCUGACCUCAGUCCGACACCUGAGAACCUCGAUGCACCCUCUCCACUUCUCCGACCUAGCAAUGCUCCAGGAACAUCACCAAAGAACAACUCUUCCAUCGGGGACCGACGAUCCAACGCCCCUCAGGGACGUGAUGCGCCUCGCAUACCGGAGCCUGUCAAGACUUUUGGUCAUAGAUAUCUUACAGAUGAAUCCUUGGUGCUCGUUAGUCUUGGCUCUAUGGACAACCGCAAGAACGUUCCCGCAGUUACUCUUGACAACAUUCCCCUCGCAGAUGCACAUGCUACCCAACUAGACACUGCUCUAUCGCUGGUUGUAGCCGCAUCAGGUGCAAAUGGAGAGCCAACAAUCGUGGAUCUACCUGUUCAGGAGAACAUCAGCACUUCACCCAUCACAUUCAAGACUCGCGAUCCGACCAAAGUCAGACUGCUCUUUGAUAUUGUCCCCACAUAUUCUGGUUCAAAAGACAAGAUUGUCGGUCGUGGUGUGGCUUUGCUUUCUAGUAUCAAGCCCAGCAUUGGCUCAAAGCGUAUGUUGCUUCAAGGUGACUUGAGUGUACCGAUCGUUGCUGCAGAGACUCUGGACGUUAUUGGCUCUGUCAACUUCAACUUCCUUAUUAUCACACCAUUCCAGCACCCCAAUAUGCACAUUGCUGAAGAUCAAACGUAUUGGAAGAGUACAUCAACACAGGUCAUUGGUCACCGUGGCUUGGGUAAGAACAUGGCAUCCAUGAAGUCGUUACAGUUGGGAGAGAACACUCUACAGUCCUUCAUCGCAGCUGCCAAUUUGGGCGCAUCCUAUGUCGAGUUCGAUGUCCAGCUCACCAAGGACCACGUCCCUGUCAUCUACCACGAUUUCUUGGUUAGUGAAACAGGUAUCGAUGCACCUGUGCACACCUUGACCUUGGAGCAAUUCAUGCAUGCAAGCGAGGGUCAAACACCAAGAAGUUCACGUCCACCAUCACCCAAGAGAAGCCACCUGGAUGGUGUAACUGAGCAGUCGCGCAAGCAACGUUCCUACUCGCUUGGUGGUGCUCAAGAUGAACGCGCUCCUGAUAUGUCAGAGCGCAUGAAGCACACGCGCGAUUUCAAGGAGAAAGGCUUCAAGGGCAACAGUCGUGGCAACUUUAUUCAAGCACCCUUCACUACGCUUGAAGAAAUGUUCAAGACACUGCCAUCCUCGAUUGGCUUCAACAUUGAAAUGAGUAAGUUUGAUCUCAACCCUGGCUGCCACUUGACACAUCACUGA